AACAGAUUUUGCAGCAAUACUCUUGUCAAAUAAAAUAUAUUUUUAUGGUGGAUGGAAUUCAUCUAUUUUAAAUGACUUUUUUUAUAUCGAUUUGAGUCAAUCAUUCGAUGCUUCCAAUCCGCCAUUUCAAUUCAAUUUCACAUUGACGCAGAAAGGAGGUUAUAGUGCGAUUACUUAUGAAGAUGAAAUGAUUAUUUUUGGUGGAUAUAAUACGGUCGGAAAUAUUAAUGAUCUCGUUAUAAUCAAGGAAGUACCUUCUAAUUUUACCAGAACGAUUACAAGCACAAAUAGUUCAAACCCUAACUCAUGGCCAUCUCAGAGAAAAUGGCCAACUGCAGUUAUCGAUUCUACGAAAGCAAAAAUGUACGUUUGGGGAGGUUCUGAAACUGUUAAUCCUAAUAAUGCUAUUAAUGAUGGAGCAAUAUACAUACUCGAUGUUUUAAGCUAUUCCUGGAGUAUCAAUAUAGUGCCAACUCAGCCAAUAGGUCGUCAACGCAAUACAGCGACAUUGAUUCCUGAUGGAAAUAUAAUUAUGAUUGGAGGAUAUUUUAAUCCCGAUAUUGCACAGCUCGACAUUUACAAUACGAUAACUGGUCAAUGGUCACAGAAGAUAGCCACGAUAAUAGGAACAAUUUCUGCUCGAUGGGGUCAUACAGCCACCCUUGCAACUAAUAAUCAAAGCAUAAUAAUGUUCGGAGGCAUAUCCAAUUCAUCUGAAACGAUAGAUGGAAUCGCAGUUUUAAAUCUUACUGAUUAUGUCUGGACGUCCGUUACGCCUUCUGGUAAUUCACCAUCUGAAACACCGAACUCACAUACGGCAACACUUUAUAACGAUUAUAUAUUCUUCGCAUUUGGCAUAAUUGGCACCUCUACGUUUAUUAAUACAGUAAGCAUCCUAGACAUCUCAAAUAGUCAAUAUAAAUGGGUCUAUUUGUAUAGCCCACGUGCGUCAAAUCCAAAUCCAAGCAUAACGAACACAACGAGCACAGCGGGUACAUCGAACAUAUCUAACAACUUGAACAUCGGAAUUAUUGUAGGGUCAGUUUUUGGAAGUGUUGUAGAAAUAAGGGCCGGAAACGUUCAUGUUUCUGCUAACGAGGUAGUUGAUAAUAGAAUGAAUGUCAAUAGAAUAGCUAAUAAUGAGAGUGCUAAUAAUGAGGUUGUUUUUGAUAAUUUAUGGAGUUCAUCGGCCGAUAGAAAAUAA